AUGUUCCGCUGCGUCGAAACCCCUCCCGAACCCUCCUUCCCACCCUCCCCCAUCACCUACAGCGCCUCCAACCAGCCCCUGAUCGGCGACACGGGCGCCCCAUUCGCAUACUUCCACACCAACAACGCCCGCACCAACGACAGGCGCAAAGAAGCCUUCCACACGGCCAUGCGCGGUGAAAUGAAGCUCAAAUUGAGCGAAUUCGGCAUCACGGAGCACUACAUCACGGCGGAAAACACGCUUUCAGCAGCCAAACCGGCCGGAAAGCACAUUCCGGUGCUCAUGAACGCGGUAAGUGCCGUCCAGACCUCUCGUGACGUGAUCAUCGUGGUUGGAGAGUCCAGUCAGGACUGUGGCGUGUUCGCCUGGCGUUUGGUGCGCGGGGAGGAUGCAUUGAAGCGCGGAACAGCCGUGGGUUUGGCGGGCGCGGUCAAGGAAUUCGGACAGGGAUUGAAGGAGGAGGAUGGGAACAAUGGCGUUCCUGCCUUGAUUUUCAUCAAUCCUGGUCAGCUGUACUACAGCUUCCGCGAAAAGAAGGCCAAGACGCUGGUGAGCUGGAAUGAUGGCGAGCGGGGCAGCAAGGGACAAGAGUACCCGGACGAGAUCGAUGUGGAGAAUAAGUUGGAGGGACAUACGACUGCCGGAGAGCACGUCAACACCUUCAUCGAGACCAUCCUUCCGGGGAUGAUCAACAACCAAACCCGCAUCUACUUCAUCGCCAUUGGCGAUGGAGCCCAGCACGUCCUCGCAGCUCUAGACAAGCGGAUUGCCGAUAAGACCAUCCCUCCGCAUCUCUCUCGCCAAAUCGAAGCCGUGGCCCUCAUCUGCCCACAGAUCACCACCCACAAGAGCGAACUCGACCCGAAACUCCUCAUCCACCUCGCCACCGAAGCCAAAUCCUGGGUCCUGUCCAAGGAGCCACUGGGAGAGCUUCUCGCAGUCCCACACGAUCCUGCUCGCAUCGACCCGAACAGCUUGGGCGAWCGCCUCGAGGAGCACCCUACCAUCGAGCUGGACGAGUUGGGAUAUCGGAGCGAGGACAGCUUCAUUGAAGUCAAGAAGGUUGAGAGUAACGACAUCAGCAUGGAGGAAGGUGAGAUGGUCGAGGACGAGUCGGAGGAGCAGGAAGUCUGGGAAGGCGAGCCGCCUCUCACACCAACUUUCAGCGCUGGACAAGUCAAGGAUGGAAUCAUCGAGACGGCUUUCGACUGCUGCAUGCAGAAGGUGCUGGAGUUUCUGUGGAUGCGGCGUGAGCAGCAGGUCGAGCAUGAGAGAUUCCGGCGCAAGUUCGAGCGAUUGACGUUCGUUCAGGAGAGACGUUAUGAGUACGAUUCUGAUGCCUCUGGCGCUUAG